AUGCCCGCCGUGCAGGUGCGUGGUAGACGCGGGGAGAACGGUUCUUCUUCUACUGGGACGGUGGUGGGCUUGUUGAUUGGAGUCGGUUGGGCCUGGCCCUAUGUUGCCAUCACCCAGUUGGAUGCAGGCGCCCGUCUUGUUGAUCGGAUGCCCGUCGGUGUCUCGGUCGAAGCCUCGGAGCUCCUCUCCGGCACCGUCCGGGCAGGCCCGUUCUCCUCCCUUCAAAGCACUUGGCGCCUUUCGGAGCCCUCCUCCUCCGCCGCGAAUGGCUCACGGCUCACGGCUGCACAGUCCGAAGCUCCGCUUCGCGGCCGCAUGAAGCUCCGCCGCGCGGUGGCGAAGCUCGCGCGCAAGCGAAUGCGCUGGGGUGGCAAGGAAGCCGUGCCUGGGCGGCGGCUGGGUGGCGAGGUGCCGUCCUCAAAGGAACUGGUGCCUGAAAGCCACCCAGUGGAGAACAUUUUCACGAUCCCCGACACUUUGCGACCUGAGGAAGCUGAAGCACUAAUCGCCAAAUCGGAGGAGGCUGGCUUUGAGGUGCAGACCAGUCGUGGACCUGCCUAUGGGGAGGCACUACGGCACCACUGGCGCAUCUCCUUCGAUGACCCUCGCUAUGCGCAGGCACUCUGGGAUUCGGGUCUUGGACAGUGCUUGAAGCAGACGCUGAGAGGGCCUCGAAAUCGUCAGCCCAUCGGCUUGAAUGAGAACAUCCGGAUCUACAAGUAUUCAGGCGAGUGAGGUGAAACAUGGUUUUUCCUCGCGAGGGAGAGGUGUUCAGAGGUCUUCACCCAUUUUUCCGUGUUUCAGUGACUAGGUGGAGAUGUUUUCGGACAACAUGUGGACGGCAGCAACCAGACCUCUUUGGGGCAAACCGAGUACACGCUCUUGGUGUAUCUCAGUGGCGUGAACGAAGGCUUAGUGGGUGGGGAGACCGUCUUCUAUUCCCACCACAAGGAGGUCUUGCGGGUGACGCCCAAGACAGGCAUGGCCUUGGUGCAUCGGCAUGGCCGUGAGUGUCUCUUGCAUGAAUCCCUGGAGGUGAAGGAGGGCGUGAAGUACGUGCUGCGUUCCGAUGUGGUCUUUGGUUAGGCCGAACAGUGCCGCCCGGCAGAGCCCACGUCGCUGGUGAAGCACCGGCAGCGGCGACCUGCCAGGACCGGGUGGAGUGACCUGCCAGGACCGGGUGGUUCGGUGAAGAGGACGAACAAGAGGAGGUCGAACAUGAGGUAUGGCCCCGCCGCAUGAGGUAUGGACGGAUUGGGAUCCAGGAAUUGGCAGGACGUUUCACGGCAUAUCCAUUGAUUGGCGAGAAAGACACCGAGGCGUUGUUGUGAAAAG